UUUCAUAUUGUUGGAUUUGAACAUUAAACUAAUCACGAAGGAAGGAAGGAAGGGUCAACUAGAUGGAUCACAAUACUGAGGUUGUACAUACAGUACGAUAAACUCUCAUCCCUGGACUGGGAUGAGGCGCAGAUGUCACUAGUCUUGAUAUCGUACAUGUAUAUAACUUUCAACUUUACACAGCCAUUUCAUCAGUGAUAAAAGAAAUAAGUGCAAGUGUACGUUCGAUUACGAUUACAUUUAGUAAUCAUAACAAUGUCAAUACAGGUAUUAUUUCGGUGUGUAAACAAAUGUUUUAACGUUCGCAUUUUAAAACUGACAACCCAAAACUCGGAAGCUAAUGCAGUUUGUAUUUCUAUAAAGCCAUGGAGCGGUACCGAGCGCAGGAGUUACAGUACGACCCAAGCUACCUGCUGGCCGGGGGCGUAGCCAGCUUCCUGCUCAAUAUCCUCUUAUUUCGGUUUGUGAGUCCCAGCGUGUCCGCCUGUUUGUCGCCAGCAUACACCCGCCUCCCGAGACACGUCCGAGCAGAGUGGGACGAUAGGUUUAUCUCAAAUGUGAACGCCCUGGUUUCCAUCGCCCUGUCCUCCUACACGCUACUCUGGGACGCCGGGAUGCACGAGGACCGCGUCUGGCACGACACUUUUGCUGCGCGCCUCGCAUGCGCAGUAGUGGUUGGCUACAUGGUAGCUGAUCUCGCCUGCAUGGUCGCCUGGUGCCGUGUGAGCCGCGGCGAGAUUGCCGGCUACCUGUUUCACCACGCUGCCACAAUCUAUGCAUACUACUUUAUUUCUGCUUAUGGGGUACUUUGCUAUUUCGGGAUGCUACGCCUGAUCGCAGAGGCUUCCACCCCAACAGUGAACCAAAGGUGGUAUUUUGACAAGCUGGAGUACUCGCGGUCACGUCCGUUGGUGGUGCUGAAUGGCUUCCUCAUGGUGGCGACGUUCUUCUUGUUCCGGAUGUGUGCCAUGCCGGUGUACUGGUUCCAGGUGUGGCAGGUGGCCGGGAGUGAGGCGGUGACACGGCUCGGCCAUAUCCGGGCAAUCAUGUUCGUGCCCACGUUCGUCCUGGAUGUUCUCAACACGUUCUGGUUCUACAAGAUGUGCCGGGGCUUCAUCAAGGCCAUACGGACUCUCAAAACCCCGCUCAAAGACAUGGAACGGAAAACUGUCUAAAAUACUACUAGUAUUUAAGAAUGUUUCAUUCUGUGACAAAACUAUGAUUUACUGGUGGUGCUAUUAUGGACCAGCAACUGAUCGAGUGUGUCGGUUUCUUUGGUGCAUUAUGUUUGCGUGUUCAUUUCAAUGCACUUUUACUCAGACGUGUACUUACAUUUAUCAAUCUGAAAAUGUAGCAAUUAUAUGUUUAAAUAGUUCUAAUACAUGUACAUAUUUAAGAAAACAGUCAUAGUAGCAAAUUACGAUUCAAACUCCCCUGUAAUAUUAGAACCUCCGAUCAAAUGUCUUAAAUACGUCAACAAGUUUACUAUUAACUCAUUAAUUACUGUCUUAAAUGAAAAUGUUUGAAACCAAACGCGUUCAAAACAAUAUCGCUCAUUACGGAAUAUUCUAUUUUUGAACAUUUAAAUGGAAAUUUUCAAGGACUGAAAAUACCCUGUAUGUGUCGGGUUCAAACAUAAUACAUAGGAAAUUAGGAAUCGAACACUACAAAACUAUUUAAGAACCUGAUACCACUGUCCUGGACAAAACAACAGCUAUAUCAAGUUUAUCAAUGUCAAUUUCCAUUAGUUUGACCUUUCAGUCUUAGCCUUAGUUGUCAAAAUAUGAUAAGAAAAUUCCAAAAUACUCCAUUUGUAAUCAAACAUGUCUUUUUGUUUGCCUUGUGCUGAAAAUUGGUUGUCAAUGAACCAAUCCAUUUCCCAAACCAUGCACUGUCAAGUCACUUUUCAGUCCGCAAUAAUGGAAAAUAUUUUUCAUUAUGUAUCCUUAAAUUAUAUGAAACAAACAUGUUUCAAAAUAUAAGUUUAUGGUUUCUACGAAUUCUGCCCUCAUGUCAAACAAUAUUGUUAAAAAAAUCUAUCGCUGAUCUCAAUGAGCGUUCCGUAAAUAUGAUAUAGAAACAAAUUAAAGGGAACAAUCGGAUAGGCAACGGCAGGGGCUGGAGAUGAUAAGUCAUGCCGUCAAAUCCUUAAUUCAGACUGUUCACAUUAAUGAGCUGUUCCAAAUGCACAAUAUGCGCACUGCAUAUGGACAUUUAAGAUUCAGGUCGGAACAAGCCGAACAGGAACGCGCGCCAGUCUGGUGCAGAGACCGUCCAUUUGGCGGGCUGCCGACCUCUCGCUGAGCGAGGAAGGUAGUCCGGUCAUAGCCGACCCAUUGUUUCGGUUUGCCAUUGACAGGCCUUUUGUUUUAGAACAUUUAAUUAGAGAGUUAUCGCGGUAUCAGGUUGUCAUAUUGGUAACACGAUAGACCGCCGGUGGUAGAAUCGUUUAUCGUUCAACUAUUGUUUUAUUUUAAAAGUAGAAUUUAAAUUAUUUAUACA